AUGUCCUUAACGUACCUACUUUUUUUGACCACUUAUGUGUGCGUUACCGUUUCGCAAACACACCAGCUCUACGAUGUCGAUACAUCCGUUCUCGUCAAUGGAACAGAUGAUUGCCUGAAGACCUUCAAUUCCAACGUUACCUGUCCAUGGUUUAUCGGGAGGCUCUACGUCGACCCAUUCUACAGCUUUAACUAUGACAAAAAUGUGUUGGAGGAGCUGUGUGCAACUAGCUGUUUAGACUCGCUCACUUCCCACCGUGACAUGGUAAAGGAGGCAUGUUCGGGUGCAGAAUACGUCGACAAGUUUGGAAAUACACGAUGGGUUCCUUGGUACCCAGAUGAGUCUCUUCUCUACGCACUUGGUAUUGCCUGUUUGAAACGAAGCGACGGACAAUUUUGCAACAUAUUUCUCCACGAAAAUGACACUCCAGAUACUGCUUGUGAUUACUGCAUGUUAGCAGCCGCUCAGAAACAAGUCAACUCACCAUUUGCUACGGAUGAAGGGGUAUACGAUAACUAUAAAUCUCUAACUUCGGAGUGUAAAGCAACAGGCUACCCAACUACUACAGUUGACCCUGUUCUGAUAAGCACGAAUAUCCCUGCAACAAGGACGUGCACUGGCACCUCUUAUGAGGUUAAAGCAACUGACGACUUUUAUUCAGUUCCAAAGUCACAGUCGGUGUCAACGGAACUGCUACUCCACAACAAUGGUCUUUCAUAUAUCAAGGCGGAUUUCCCAAAGUCUGGGUCGUUAUGUAUAGAAAAUAAAUGCAAGAUACAUAUCCUUGCCGAGGAUGAGACUUGUAGCUCGAUAGCUGCAGCAGCCAAUAUUUCUACAGUCCAGCUUAGAGCUUGGAAUAUCAAUAUCAACUCGUUCUGCAGCAAUCUAGACAGGUUUAUUGGGAACACCUUUUGCGUUAGUAACCCAUUAGGUACUAAUUAUACCCUACCGGACAGUCCAACAGUAACUCCAGUGCCGACGCCAGCGCCAAUACCUGACAAUAUUGCACCAAAUGUAACCACACAUUGUGGUAGAUACUACAAAAUUAGUGAUGGUGAUGACUGCGCUGUCGUCACUACAAAAUUUGGGAUCUCCCGCCCUGAUUUUGGGUUCCUUAAUCCUGGCGUGGACAAGCAAUGCACCAAUAUCUGGCUUAAUUACUUCUACUGCGUUCAGCCAGUAGGCGACAUCACUGACUACCCUGGCUACGGAUCGGGUCCUACCAAAACUCGUCCAUUGUUCACCCCCGGCCCAAGUACAUCUAUACCGUGGGAAGAUUCAGAACCAACACCUGAUCCAAACCAGAUCAUUAUCCCUCUUGCAAAUCUAACACGCGAGGACUGCUGGCAGUAUAUUUGGGUCAAUGAUACCCGACCUGAAAGUGUUGGCUGCUGGGGUAUUGCAAGGGCCGCUGGCAUAGAUCGCGAGGAAAUGAUUCUUUGGAAUCCUUCGCUCGCUCAAAACUCGACAGAUGAAGAAAACCCGGAUUACCCAUGCUCCCUCAAGCAAAGCAUGUCUUAUUGCGUCGCUGUGGCCAGUCAUACGCCAGUGCUGCCCACCCCUAUUAAACCACCAACACCACGUGCAAGUGGAGAAAUAAAUGGCUGUGUUGACUGGUUUCUGGCCGACGAGGAAGUCGACUGUGAAUCAACCCUUAAUAAUUUGGGCCUUACGAUAGAGGAAUUAUAUAAGAUGAACCCGUCAUUAGGCAUGGAUUGUGCUGGCAUGGUUGCUGGGACAUAUUACUGUCACUAUACAGGAGACGACGAAAAUGAUGACGAAGAUCCAGCACCAACAACUACAACUGAGACACCCACCGCAUCACCAACUCCUACGUCCCCGCCUGCGCCAGGGCCAACACAGCCGGGAAUCCCUGAAAACUGCAAUAAAUGGGUCCAGCAGAUGGAUGGGAUCUAUUGCUUUGACAUGGCAAAUAAUGCAGGAAUUAGUUUGGAACAGCUAUACAAGCUGAACCCUGCUCUCGGUGGUGAUUGCACCGGACUGUGGGUCGGUUAUUCUUAUUGUAUUGUAACGGCAUAG